AUGACAAAGUCAGUAGCUCCACAGGAGACGGAGCAGGAGAUGGAGCUGCGUUCCCCACCCAGUCCCACAGCCUGCAACUGCUUCCCCAAAAUCACCCUCUUCAAGAAGAAGGACAGAAUCCGGGAGAGGCAGAGGGAGGAGGAGGAGCUCCAACAGGCUCAGAGAGAGAGAACAGAGAUGGAGCUGAACAAGAAGGAAAGAAAGCAGAAGAAGAAGGAAGAGAAGAAGAAGCUGCAGAGUGCCAGAGAGACUCAUGAUGAGGAGCUGAUGGGAGUGGAGCAGGUUCAACAAGAGAAUGUCAUCAGGAAUUUGGAGGAAACAGUGAAGCAGCAUGAGAUGGAGAUCAAAAGAUUCCAGGAGAGAGAAGAAAGGCUGAAACAAAAGCUGGAGAAAAUCAGAGAGAAAAUAGCCAGGAAAGAGCGGAAGACUCUCAGAAUUGUUCAGAGAGAUGAAAAUCUGAAGAGAGAGCUGCAGGCCAUGAAGGAGAGGCUGGCCCAAAAGGAAAAACAGAGAGAGGAAGAAAAGAAGGUCACCAGCCAGAAAACAGUGGAAAGGAUAUUCACUGUAAGUGUACAAGAAAUAAUGAAGAUGGACAGAGAAACGGAAAACCAGCAAGAGGAAGACCAACAGAGAGAGAGGAGAGAGAGACAGAGAGCAAGAGAGGAAAUCCAGCAGGAAAGUGCUGGUCAGGAGCUGGACAAGCCUGAAGAGAAAGAGAAGCUCCAGGAAGCUCCAGUCCAAAGCUCCAGGAAGCUCCAGUCCAAAACAGAAGAUCUGGCUUCAGAGACCGAGACUCAGGUCCAGACCGAUGGAUCCACGAGUGGACAGACAGCCGAGGAGAAAACAGAGUGGAGCGGCCAUGACGGCGGGGGAGCAGUGUGCAUCGAGGUGGAGAACCAGGAGAUGGAGCCUGCAGCACGGAGCUCAUCUGGAAGCAGGAUGUUGCAGAGUGUGCUGUCCACAGUUCGCUCUUUCGUUCAGCGCCUGAGAUUGUAUUACUCAGCUCAGCCCAUUCAAGCUGAGGAAGAGGACAAGUGCAGGGGUCCUGACUGUAAAACUGAAGACCUGCAGAAACUUCAGUAA